CGGAGGCCGCGGGAGCGCCGCAACAUGGCGGCGUCUGGCAGCGGCGGCAGCCGGGCGGAUAACGGCUAUGGCAGCGGCAGCCAGCAGCCGCGGCGGAGGAAGGGCCCGGGCGCCCUGGCUACGGCGUACCUCGUUAUCUACAACGUGGUGAUGACGGCAGGAUGGCUUGUUAUUGCAGUUGGUCUAGUUCGAGCAUACCUGGCUAAAGGUAGCUACCAUAGCCUUUACUAUUCAAUAGAAAAGCCCCUGAAAUUCUUCCAAACUGGAGCUUUGCUUGAGAUUCUGCACUGUGCGUUUGGCAUUGUUCCCUCUUCUGUUGUUCUGACUGCUUUCCAAGUGAUGUCAAGGGUUUUCCUGACGUGGGCAGUAACACAUAGUGUAAAAGAGGUACAAACUGAGGAUAGUGUCCUGUUGUUUGUAGUGGCCUGGACGAUCACAGAGAUAAUCCGUUACUCUUUUUAUACCUUUAGCUUGUUAAACCAUCUUCCUUAUCUCAUCAAAUGGGCCAGGUACACUUUGUUUAUAGUACUGUAUCCGAUGGGAGUCUCAGGCGAAUUGCUCACAAUAUAUGCUGCAUUACCCUUCGUCAGGCAGUCUGGCUUGUAUUCCAUUAGUUUACCUAACAAGUACAAUUUUUCUUUUGACUACUAUACAUUCCUGAUCCUGGUUAUGAUCUCUUACAUUCCAAUCUUUCCUCAGCUGUAUUUUCAUAUGCUACACCAGAGGCGAAAGGUACUCUCCCACACUGAAGAACACAAGAAGUCGGAGUAAUUCCAACUCUUUUUCAGAACUUUUCAAACAUCAAAAUGCUGCAGAUUUUCAAUACCCAGCACAUUUAUAAAGAAUAUACCAAGAUAAAACAAGUCAAAGACCAAUAAUUUAGCAAGAAUAACCAGUAGAUCUGAUUUCACUGAUAUUCCACAAUGUAAAGCAUUGGAGUAGUUUUCAGCUUGCAGUGCUUCAGACAACUUUUAAACUUUCUAUGGCUUGGCACUUAGCCUUUUCCUUUAACUGAUGUGCUAAAUGGUUUUUGUUUAUUACUAAAUGCCUGAAGGUUGCAGUAUGAGUGAUGAAGUUGUACCCACUAAAUGCUUGAAUUGGGAUUAUAUUACUGAUACCUCUUUUUUCUUUUUUAAUGCUUGACUGCAUGCCAGAACCUGUAUGUAUUGCUGUGAAAGCAAACAAUAUGCUCUGGAAUACUGUAGGAUUUUGUCUCAGAGACUCCAGUGGAGAGUGCAAUCCAGGCAAAGUGUUUGAAUUUAGAAAGGUAGAUUGUGUAUUUAAAAGGUGCUGGGAACAAGAACAGGAAACCAGUUAUGGGAAAUGAGAGAAAUGUGGUUCUUUAGGAAUUUAAACAGUAGGAUAUCGGACCAGAAUGAGUUCUCUGAAGAUCUUGUUUAAGCUGAUUACUGAAAUGCUAAUGUUAAAUCAGAGGCUCUAAUGCUUAUCUGAAACAUUAAAAAUCUAAGUACUGCAUCCCUGAAUACUUUUUUAAAUAUUAAAAAACGCCUGUAAUAUUUCUAGUGAUGUCAGUAAUGAAUCUAACAAUAUAAGGAGGCAAGUCACCUAGAAAUAGGUGAAGUUCUCCCUUUUUUUACUCUGUCAUCUCUGAUCACUCUCCACUAUCUCAGUGGCACUCAUCUUCUAAUGUUGAGGACUGUUUGGUCUACUGUGGAAUCACUUUGAGAGCCUUGUUCCUCAACCUGACUUUUCCUAAGUGACUAAUGUGUAUCACUCUGGCACAAGCAAGCAGGCAGUUCCAGGCACUCAGCUUCUGAAAUGUUGCAAAGUCAUAAAGUUCUUCUUUGAAAGCAGAUUAUCUCAUGUGUUAUGUACUGCUUUUGCAGAUUGGACAAGCCUUCCUUCAUCUGCUCUUUUGGAAAAGCAGAAGACCAUAGAAAGUUAAAUUCUCCUCAGUGAUUUCUCUGGGUUCUCAGGCUCAGCCUUCCCUUGGGAAGGUAAAACAGAAAAUGAAAGAAUGGAGAAAAAAAACUUGUGGUGAGGCAGAAAGCACUAAAAUGCUGUGUGAGCAGUGCCCCAAGUUAUGAACAAAGUGUUGAUUUGGGGUUAGGGGGUGGGGAAUGAAAGUGACAAGUGGAGCAGGUAAAUGCACAGAUAUCUGAGCAAAAGCAAAUUGCAGUUACAGCCUUUGCUUUGUUAGAAAUUAAUGGUCAAAUAGUCCUAUCUUCACUCAGUCAGAGCCAUUAGAUAACAACACAAGGGCUUCUCUGGCUUCUCCCAUGUAACAUGAUUUAGUGUAUAAAUGAGGUGUGAUAACUAUCAAGGUACCUGCAAUAUUGAUCUCGUGCUGUGCCUGCCAGCACCUCUCCCUGGAUGUGGCCCAUAUCUGUGUCCCAGUUACUUGUGCUUGAUGCAUCACACCCCUCCCUAAACAUAGCCAGUAAGAACUAAGGGCACAGGCUCUCUAUUCUAGCACUUGAGGAGAGCUGGAUUUAUGAGUAUUUUGGUUUAUUUGUCAGAGCUACAUUAAAAAAAAGGAAAAUGUUUGAAUUUUUCAGUUAUUUCCUUUGACUCCAUCAAAAAAUCUGAUUCAGUACCAUGUGUAACACCUUUCCCAAUCACCACAAGUUGGUCUGUUGUAAGCAGGCAGGGGGUAAGAGACAAUAAUGAUCCUUGUGUCUAUUUUAAACCUUUUGGAGACAGUUAUUUGCUGUAAUGAAAAAUGCUGAGUCUGUAUAUGACCUCAAAGUGGAUUUGCGUUCAGAGAUGCAAUGAUUUCAUUUCUCUAUCAGUUUAUGUGGUGCUUUAAGUGAUCUGAGAAAUGCUGCAUUAUACUGAAGUCAUUCUUCAAAAGUGUAAAUUUCCACCUCUGAACAAAAUAUCUUUUGCUUAUAGUUGCUAGCAAAAGAGUUAGUGUCAGUAUUUCUGAAGGAUGUCAUCUAAAAGAUCUGAUUUCCUGAUGUACUCAGAUUACUGGAUAUUGUAAAUAUUCAGCUCCUGAACAUCUCUUGAUUUGAUUUCUGUGCCCAAAUAAAAGAUUUGGUUUCAAAUUGGUUGGUCCAGUCUGGAGGAAAAAAAAAAAGGCUGUGUAAUGUUCCUUUAUUAAACAAACUUGUAGCUCUGUUGAUGAGAAAGGUGUAGUACAGAUCUGUAUUAGAUGGCAUUGCACUAGGGAAAAUCAGAGAGCUGCCAGUAGGUAGAAAGCUUGUACAACCAAUGUCUUGACUGAAUUAACUUUAUUAUGGAAUAUUUAAUUGAAAGUAUUAAUUUGCCACACAAAUGGAAAUAAACUACAGCCUUUUAAAAGAAAACUGGGUUACUUUUCAUUUUAAAAAAAGAAGUUGCUUUGCUAGUAAGAAAUAUUAUCAGCAAGGUUGAUUUAAAUUCUAUUCAGAAGUAGGAACGUGCAGUUAAUAUGUACAAGAAUUCCAGCACUUCAUCUUGCAGUGUUUUUUCAAGUUUACUUCCAUGGAAAUCUCUGGAAGGUGAUUUUGAGUAACAACUGUUGUGUGGUGCCCUAAUACCGUUUGGGUUUAGUCUUAAUGCUGACUUUAGUCACUUACGUGGGUUUUUCCCUCCUCAUAAAAUAACAAAUUUCCCCUCGUAUGCCACUGAAACUGUAAUGUGGUUUAUGUGAACUUUAUGAUAGAAGCUUUGAUUCGUACACUUUGCCACAAAUCUAGAGGACUUUUUUUCCCUCCCCAGACUUAUUUACUUGGCUUGCAUGUUUUCUGUCAGCACCACCAAAGUUCUGCAGCAGCCACGUGUUCUACUUUGCUAGUCUGUGUGUUGUGUGCACUCGUUCGGUUGACAGUACUUUAUGUUCUACCAUGCUGCUUUUGGCCAAGUUAGUCACUGCCCUCUAAAAAAAACCAAGGUUCUUACCAGUACAUAGUUUACAACUGGAACUGUAGAAGUAUUCAUAUUGUAAAAUACAGUAAGAUGCAGGUUACAGUGCAGGUAAAUUGUAAUUUUUCACAAUGUGAUGUUUCUAUCAAAGGGGGGGGGGCUUUAUUAUUUAUUGGUAGAAGGGUUGGCAUUUGUGUGGACCAAUCUGCAGUGUCAUUUUAAAAACCUAUCUCUCAGCUUAAAAUUUUCAUGAGUAUACAUCAUGCAUUUGAUGUAUAUAUCAGUGAAAUUUGGGUGAAAACUAUAUACUGUCAUUUUUGUAUUUUUUUCUAUGUUGUGAAGAAUAAAAUUGUAAUUUUAUAAGUCUGAUUCACUAAGAUUAUUAUAAGUUAAAUGUAUUUUUUGUAUAUUUAGGAAUCUGGUAUUACCUGGAGCUAUGAAAAAUUAAGCAUAGACUUUUUAUGCAUGGCUGGAAGAUAUUUCUACUUGAUAAUGCAGUGGAAUGGUUUGUAUGCUAAAAUACUAGUCCAUGUUGUUGCCUUGUGAAAUUGAUUCUGUGCUCUCUGCCUGGAUUUGGCCUCCUGAUCAGUGAUACUAAUGCUAUAAUCCAAAUAAAACAAUUCUGAACAAAGUGUGUUGUAUUGUUGCUGUUUAAGGAACAAAAGCAAAUACUUCAUAAAUGGGAGUUAGGGCUGCAUUUUUGUGUGUUUGUAUGUAAGAUGUACCUUGUAAUUUACAAGAUUUUUUUGGCAUACAUAACUUUUGAGCUCAAACAAUGGAAUCAAGCAACUUGAUACUGUUAGGCUCUGCUUUUCACUUUUAAGAGGCACUUGUAACAACUUGUUACUAUGUUAAUGUUCAAACUUACAACUUCCUGAAGGAUCCUCAGAAUGCUGAGCUCUUUGUUCUCGUCUUGUUAUCUGUACUUUACACGGUGAUGGCUUUGUACAAAAACAAAAUAGUUUUGA